AUGUCAGUCGCUCUAGACAAAAGUACCACCUCGCUUCGACGAGAAGAAGAGGAAACAACAACGACACCGUCCUUACCUAAUGACAACACCGCUACCACCACCACAACCACAAGCAUAAACAGCAACGACGACAACGACAACACUGCCGCCGCUGCUGCUGUUGCUGCUGGAAUGAAGCUUUCACCUGAAGUUGUUGAAAGAUUGCAACAACUCCAAGAUGCGAACCGGCCUGUUUCGAUUGACGAAAUUCUGCAAGCAGCCAAUCUCAGUCAUCUCGCUGUCAAUCAACCCAAACCCUCCAAAUCAGCUGACAAUCGACUGUCCCCUGAAUCUGCAUCAGCAGCAAACGAUGUAGUUAUUCCUACAAAGUCAGCCUCAAUGACCUUGGCCGAGCGACGACGUAUUCCUGCCUCGACGGAAAAGCUACGUCUGUAUGCCCAAAUGGCUCAUCCGGACCCGUCAUCGCAGCAGACAGAAGAACCAUUCGUAGUAUCAACAGCAGCAGCACCAGAAGCAACAGUAGCAGCAGCAAAUACAGAACUACCACACCAACAGCAAACAAGUAACAACACUGAAAGUUUACUCGACCGAUACGAACAAGAAAAUGAUGAGUUGCCACCCGAGGAUGCAGAUCUUGAUCUGCUGACACAUCUCGAACGACAGCAGAGCUUGCUUGCCGCAGAUCCCAAGUCCUCGUGCAUCGAUGCAAGCGUACUAUUAGACCAGUUAAACAACAAUGACAAUGACAACGACAACAGAACAACAACGACGACGACGAGUAAAGAUGACGAUGGAUUUUGGAAGCACGUUGCCCAAAACUACACGACAGCGGCACCUCGCUUCGCUCGACUGUUGAUCAGCCGUUUGCGCCGGCAAGGGAUCGCUGCUCCUUGGCGUGGCGUCGUUUGGCAAGCCAUGGCACAAUCUUCGGAUACCCAUCUGGCGUCCAUGUAUGACAAACUCGUUCAGGGCGACAUGGGCAUGUCCUCGUACGAGCGAGUGAUCGAUCGGGACGUUGCCCGAAUGACCGACCACCAUCGUGAGGCAACCGGCCGUAUGCUGAAGGCAUAUAGCGUGUACGACGCUCACGUCGGCUAUUGUCAGGGUCUCGCCAUGCUUGCACGACCAUUAUUGAUGGAGAUGAACGAACGACACGCAUUCUGUAGCUUCGUCAGACUGAUGGAAGCUCACGAAAUGCGCGCCCUGUUUAUGCUAAAUAUGGAAGGCCUGCAUCUACGACUGCAUCAAUUCCAAACGCUGCUUUCACAACAAUGUCCUCGUCUAUUCCAGCAUCUCUCGAGCAACACCAUCCAUGCGCCAAUGUAUGCGUCCCAGUGGUUCUUGACAUUGUUUGCCUCGUCGCUGCCGACCGCCGUUGCCCUGCGAAUGUACGACCUCGUGUUUGCUCAGGGCGCAGUUCCGACUAUGAUGCGCGUGGCGAUAGCAGUAAUGCAAAAGCACCAGGACCGGCUCCUGAAUAUCUGCCAGUUCGAGCAGCUCAUGACCUAUUUGACAAGCGGCACCUUACACGAAGACCCGGAGGAGCUCGUCGCCGCUGUGCUUGAUUUGACAUCAACCAUCACCGUGGCCAAGCUCGAUAGUAUUGCCGAGGCUUAUCACAUCGAAGCCCAGCAAGAAAAAGAUCGAGCUCAACAGCUGCUCGCCAUUCGAUUCAAUGGCAUGACUACUCGACGUGCCAACAAGCGAGAAUCGUGGUUCUCGUGGGGAAACAGUGCUGCCACACCUGCUCACAACAACAACAGUCAUUUGAACGAUUCAGUAUCACCUCCCACCUCGCCGCUUUCACCUACUGCCAGCUCCGGCAAGGUAUCCUUGGAUCAUCGUCGUAACGUAUCGACGUUGCAUCAGCAGAUCGAGGAUUUGGUCACCGCCAUGUCCCACUUGCAAAAGGAACACUCACAACUGAACGAAAACGUCACUGCCAUGAAGAUGCGCGAACUCGACUAUGAAUCCGAACGCAGCAAGUUGAGCAAGCGCAAUGCCACCCUAGAGAAGCGGUUGAAAAAGUACAAGACCAAGCUUGCUAAUGCAUCACCGUCAUCCAACAGCAACAACAACAACAACGGCUUACCCCCUCCAGCAGCAGCAUCGCCUCAACAAAGUCAGCUCGAAAGACUCGAAAAGGACACGGAGUUCAAGUCGUUUGUCGACUCGCUGCGCAUGAGCGGUGACUUUGGUGCCCUGAUUGCCGGUGCACUUUCAACAGAUGCCGCCGAUCAUAGCAGUGACAAGAAGAGCGCCAGCAGCAACAAGUCAAGCAAACGAUCCGUGUCCAAACGUUCUUCGGUCACAUCAUCGUAUCGCAAUAGCCAAAGCAGCAUGAGCAGCAGUAGCAGCAACAACAGCAAUAGCCAGAACGACAGCGAAAACGACACUGUUGCGACGGCAGUUGAAGACUUAUCCGUCUCCAUGCCUACGAAUGAUAGCAAAAAGGGCGAUAACAGCAACAAAAGCAGCGAAGGUGAAGAAGCAUUGCAUCAAGUGACAUCCGAACUCGUUGCUGUCAAACUUGCCAGUUUCGAGAUGGGACAAAAGUACGAACAACUGUGCCACAAAUACAACCAAGUCGAAAAGCAACUCGCGACCUCGCAGCACGAACAGAAGGAGUUGUCACAACAAGUGUCUGAAUUGCAAGCGACCAUGGACGCCAUGCAGACAGAGAAGGAGCAGAUUCUGCAGGAGCACGAGGACUUGGCCAAGGAGAACGAGGAGUUGAUGGACAAGAACAUGGCGGCUAAGCGGACCUCUGCGGAGCUUCAGUUUGAAAAGAUGGCCAUGACCAAGGAAAUGGAGAAACUGGAGAAACGACUGCAGACGUUGGAAAAAGAAAAACAGGAAUACUUUAUGCCGCGCGGCACAUUUACCGAAGAAGUGUUUGCCGCUCAUCGUAUUCUCUUUGACAAUCACAAAAAAGAAAAAGAACUACAGCAACAACAACAAGCAUCCUCGUUGACGCGUCGACAUACCUUACAAUUGACCACCACCACUACUACCACUACUACUACUGCAAACAACGAAGAAUUCCAAUCCAAAUACGUUGAAAGUGAUUUGCGAUGCCGUGAGCUCGAGAAACUCUUGGCUGAAGCCAAGGUCAAGCUGGCGGAAUACGAAGCUUCCACGAUGCCCUUGUCACCGCGAGCUUCGCUUCAACGGUCUUCGGUCCACAUGAAGCGCACGUCGACCGCAUCGCUGUCCAUGUUGGCCAGCAGAGUUACGUCACCUACCUCGAUCACAGACCCAAACAGACGGGACUCGGCUGAAAGCUACGCAUCUUCAGUGACCUCGGCCACGUCUUUGGGCAGUGCGCCAAACAGUGCUGGCAUGACUACUACUUCUAACAACAACUACAAGCGGUCAAGCAUGUAUGCACGUUUGUGGAAUUCUUUGGGACCUGCAGCACCCGCAGGGGUAACGGCUAAUAAUGGCGGUGCAAGGAAUUCGGUCGUUGUCAAGCAACAGAUUUAG